AUGCCGUCGCAUAACGAAAAGCGAGUUCAGGGAGUCGAAAACCUGUCGCCUCACCAGGACGCGUCAGACGCCAUCAACCAAUUGGUGACCUUGCUUCACCAGUACUGCUCCGAGGGCGGGUUCGAUACCUUGAAGGGGGUCAUCGGAGAGAACGAAGGACUCAGGCGAGAAAAGGCGAAGCUCCGAACCGCAUACGAUACGAAUAUUGAAGCGCUAUCUCGUCAUCAAACCGAGUUUGAAAGACAGAAGGUUGAUUUUGAGAAGCAACUUAGCUCUCAAAGGGCACAGAACGAGGCAAUACUCAAAGAAAAACAAGCAGUCGACGAAGGCGUCAAGAAACGGCAAGCUGAAUUGACGACACUGCAAGAAAAGCUCGAGUUGCAAUCUUCGUCUGCCAAACAGUUAAUGAAGGAGAUCAAGAAAAAAGAGUCCACGAUCAAUGUCCUCGAAGCUACUAACGCUUCGCAGAAAGAAACUUUGUUGAAAGCAGAGAAGGAGUUGGCAACGUGCCGAAGUGAACAGGAGUCUAUGCAGGAGCGAGUGGAUGGUCUAACUACGAACUUAGGCGAAGCGCGCGGAAGAUUGACAACCUUUCAUUCCUUUGUGGUCAAACUUGACAACCUUGAAGCCAGAAGAGCUGAAGUUGGAGAUGCUUUGGAUAGUAUAUUGAAGAACGCGCUCAGCUUCGUGGAAUCUUCCAUUGGCAUUACUCUAGACGAUAUAUGCCUGGCCGAUGUAUCAGUAUGGGCAAGGCUUCGAAAUCACACUUCCAUCCAACGCACAAUCCCUCUACCCGCUUCUAACUCUCCAGCCGCUAAGCAAAUGAGGGUCGCAGCCGGUCUCAGAAUCUACAGCAUGGCUCUCGCCGACCAUGUAUUCAAAUCAACGUAUCUCAUUCGAAACAGUGAUUUCGAAGAUGUUCUACGGGACUUAGAGACAGAGGAUCCAGUGCAUGAAGCUUUCACGCGUGCGGUUCUGCUGAAGAUUCAGCCAGCAAGGCAAGCCCGAAAUAGAGAAGCUCGUGCCAAGAUGGUUGCUGAUCAAGUUUCUGACGCCAUUGCCGACUUGGUCCCUUCUUCACAGAAGGAAACUUUGAAAGCACGCCUAUACCAGAUCUCGUUGGAGGCAUGCAAGGCCUGGCUAGUUAUUCAGCAACUACUGGAGCCAGUCCGCCCAGUCUUCUCUUUUCAUAUGCCUGAGGAAUGGGUGCCAUUACCAUUGCCGGUACCUCAACGCAACAGCAAGGCUGGGCCAUCCAGUACCGCUCGGGAACCUUUGGCUUCGCGGGUAGAAAACCAGGGUCAACAGACACAACGGUCGAGUGCCGAGUCUCAGCCGAUAGAACUUGACGACAUCAUGCAAGUUGUUUGGCCGGCAUUUCAUGUUCCAUCUUCUCAACUAGAGGAUGAUGUUGGUGAUCAAGUCCCAGAACUUGUCCAGAGAGGUCAUGUCAUUACACGUUCACAAUGCAGGGAAGCAGAGACCGAAAUGUCACGUAGAAAUGCGAGAAAGAACGCAAGACAGAACGGCGGAUCCAGCCCUACACAGAGAAAGAGACGAGACUCUGCUGUUUUUUUAUCCAAGACUUUUCCAGGCGGUAUUGGUACCGAAAGGGGCAAUUGA